AUGGCGGACAACCUCUGUGGACCAUCUGCCCCUACCAAGGGCUUGGUUGGACAUCUCGACCGCGACCGUACCCUUCAGCAGGACCGUGUUGCAGGCUCUCCCGCCUCUGCCGAUGGGUCUUUCCGGUCAACUACCCAAGAGACGGCCAAUGCAGCUGCUGGAGAUGUGUCUUUCGCCAAGUUCACUGGUGCCUCGCCUCAGCCCAAUCCUCAACCCACUGCCACUGCUCCAGCCCUUGUCAGGCCCCGAGGAAACCCCAAUCAUAACCCAUUCCUUUGGAUGCAGUACCAGUCACGCUAUCGUGGCCAUGUCGACAUCCCCUUGGAUGGCAGGGACCAAAUCGAUUUGGAGAAACAUGUCAACCCGCCCAUUCCUGACCGCCGUGGCGGAAUCGACCAUCAGCGCCCAAGUGCAGCUCUGCAGGCAGCCAAUACGUCCUGGGUCAAUGACUUUCGACGUGCUCAAGAGGAAGACUCUUUGAGGAAAGAGAUGGAAGUCUUGCGCUUGAAUCCUACUUGCAACGCAGGACCUCACUGCCCAGCCAACCUGUACACACCUGCCAUGCGCGCGGUGCCCAUCAACACUCCAGGCUAUGGUCCACCCAACUUUGCAGCACAAAGUGGCUACCCCUACUCCAACCGUCAGCCCAUGAUGCAAGGAACUAUCGCUUCUCCCUAUGGCCAUUCCCACAUGAUGCCCGCCCAUGCUCCAGGCUUGGUUCCAGGCUUUGGUCAAGCCGGCAUCGCAGCGCAAGGUGGCCAGCACCUCAUGAGGGACCAGCCAGCGCAGCAGGAGAAUAUUGCCCCAUAUGGUUAUGCUGCUCCGGGCACCGCUCAGACUGGCCCGAACGGCCUCCCUUUCAGCCACUACCCUCAGAACCUUGCCUUGGCAGCCAAUACAGAGGAGGCUCUCGGUGCGGCGUUCGCUGCAUACGACCAGGAAUUUGAGCAGGAGAUGGAUCAGUGGGUGGCUGCUCACGGACCCGAGGACCGCGAGGAUCACGACGCUAUCAUGACCGAACAUGCCAAGAAGUUAGAUGCUAAGCGCUGGGAGGGUGACCCGAAAGUCAUGUCGCAGCUGGAACCCAGGAACCGCUUUAACCUCAAGAGGCGGGAGGACAUGGAACUUCAAUCAUAUGCUGCACGCAUCCUGAACACCAUGGUAUCAAGCGACAAUGAGAAGUUCAGAGGCUCUUCCUUUACCGACCUCAUGCGCCGCAUCGUCAACCGCGAGGUCGUGGUCGAGGGCGACGAUCUCAUCGAUGUUGCCACCGGCAACCCCACCGACCUGACCCCUCGAGACCUCAAGCCCGUCAUCCAGGUGCCCGACGUGCCCCCGACCUUCAUACCCCCCUCGGACGCGGAGCUCAGGGCGCGGCAGGAGGCCGGGCCCAAGGAGACGAAGGACACGGCUGCGGCGGAGAGCCCGGGGGGCGCCUGA